CCGCACCCGCUGUCUGCACCAAUCACCUCCCCGCAGCCCCCCCGGGGAGAGCACCGAGACCCGGCGGGGCUGUCCGCACCGGGUUCCUCCGGUCGGUGGGGCCGAAAGCGCACGGUCCCGGCUCCCGCCAGGCCGAGGGAGGAUGUGAGGAAGCGAGGGUCGGGCCCGGGGAAGGGGCAUCGUCUCGCUACCGAAGGGAGGCGGCGCCGUGAGCCUGCCCGCCCUAUGAACGCUCCCUGGUCGGCCCUGCAGAGCUCCUGGGGCGCAGCCUGGCCUGGUCUUGUCCUACUGACAGUCGCCCCCGGGCUCCUCGAGCCCUCUGGCUUUGCUACUGAUCUGCUCCUGGGAUAGCAGAGCACCUUGCUUGCAGGGCGGCCACACCAGCAGCUGUGGCCAUCGGGCACUUUUGCUAGGACUUGUUCCUGAGUAGGGCACCAGUUGAACAGCCUUGCUUUUGGGUGGGCCUUUGUGCACACUGCAACUUGCACUGCACGAAGCAAGGCUGUGUGUCUGGAUGCUGGGAUGUUCUGUCCAUGUGGCAGUGAACACUGGACCACACACUGCUGUUGGACACCAAAAUACCUGCCCAGGUGUCCUGGCUGCCCCUGGGCUCUGUGCAGCCUGAAAUUCUCAGUGGAAGAUUAUGAAUUUUGCAGCCUACUAAGAGUGUGUUGUUAGUUGUGCUUCUCUGCUGGCUUCUCACUCUCUACCACAUCAGGAUUAAGCUCUCUGUGCUUGCUGGCUUCACAGUGCCCGCUGCUGCUCGAUCAUUAUGGAGAUGGCAAACCUGGCUGCUGGGCACGGGCACCAGCCUCAGUCCUGUCCAAGCGCUUCCCUCCUCACCCGUGGGAGGUACCCUGGGUGUUGCAAAGCGACUGCAUGAUCCUCCUUCAAAUCCCUCUUCUGCUGUGACGUCUGCAGAACACUUGACAUGGAUUAGUCUGUCAUGUGGCAGCUCUUAGCCCCUCGCUGACCUGUGCUUCCCCUCUGUCUACUUUUGGCUGAUAUUAAACUGUGGGCUUGUGUAUUUUCCCUGUCUGGAGGAGCUGCCCAGCCCUGCGGUGCAGCUGCACUUUGGGAGGAUUCCAGGCUAUGAGCAGUUCCUCUCUCUGCCGCCUCAAGUGCUCAUUUUUCCAGCUCUCUUAUCUGCAUACUGCCCACUCCUCUGGUGCCUGCCACACCUUCAGCAUGUCCCUGAAAAGGUUGUUCUUUUGAUUCCUCUUCGCUAUUUAGAGAACGGUGCUACAGAUUUUUGCUUCCAGCUGAGGUGUUGGCUGGGCAGCCAAAUCAGCGUGAGAGUUUGAGUUCUCCCAGUUGCACCACGAAAUCCCACCCUGCUCUUUGGUAUCUUUUUGUUUUUGUUUUGUGAGCCAAAAUUGGUGCUCUUGUUGCAGCUGCUUUGUGCCACUGAGUGAGAUCUGAGUGUUGUACUUCUAACCAUUGUGCACAUGGCCUGCUGAUGCCCAUUUCCUGCCUGCCACUCCACUUGAACUUCUCACUUCCUCACUUGGCAGCGAACGUCCUUGGAUCGACAGCAGUUUGCUGGAACAGCAAGUUGUAGACUGUGGCUGAAACAUGGGGACAGCAAGGAGUGGCGUUGUGUUGCCCUGAUGUUCAGCAUCACUGGAGCAUGGCUGAAAUAGCCUCCAGUUCUGCUGUCAGUGUUUCAGAAGGAUGCUGCAGAUUUGGAAAGGACUUGGAAUCCUUUUUUGAGCAGAAUCAAUUCAAAGCUGAAAAAAUUGAAUGUGACACAGGAGUAGAAUUGAGCUGCUUGAGCUGCUUAGUUCAUCAGUGAGAGUGCUGACAUGGUGUGAUCAUGUUGUCCUCAGUAUGUGCACAGGGAAAGGCUUAAAGGAAAUGUUGCUUUGCAGAGGCAAAAUGAGAUCUGGGUUCCAGAUGCUGGGGCCUAUCAAACUCAAACCGGAACAAAGCUGUGGAUGUCACUAAGUUAACGACUGGAACUGUUCAUCCUGGGAUGGGUUGGAUGGGAUUGUCUGAAAUCUUUGUUUAGGUCUGAGUGUAUUUCUGUGAGAUAUGUUUUAGUUUUGCUGCAGAGAUAAAUCAGUGAUGGAGUGUUUGUUUUUUGCUGCUAGCUGGAGUUGUGCACAGAUUCCAACCUGAUGCCUGUGCCUAGGGUUGUUUUUCCAGUAAUUUUGAAGCACCCGAUUGCCUAAUGCCAUGAAUAUUGCAGUGAACAAUGUGGAAGAAAAAGCUGUCCAUUCCUGGUCGAGAAUUUACUCUGCAGGACAAAAAGUGCUGGAGGAAGCCCUCCGAGUCUUCAAUCCCAUGUCGAAGGACCUUUCAGACACAGAAACCCAGCUGGUGGCCUUCAUUCAGGGCCUCAAGGAAGAGGGUUUCCAGCCCACAAUUCUGAGGAGCAAAGAUGUGUAUGGGUACAGCUCGUGCACAGCAGACACACCUAGCCAGGCAAAAGGGAGCACGCCGCACAGCUGUGCUGCUGCCACCACCUCCAGCCCCCCUAAGACUCCAGCUAGAAGCACUGCAGCCAUGGCGAGGGCAUCUGCUUCCCCCACCAGCAUUUCUGUGAACUCUUCGAGAGUCUCUCCGCCAGUCUCUAAAGGUGAUUCCACAAAUCUGCUGCUGAACUCCUUUAAGCAGACCAGGUCGGGGAAGUCCAAGGCCCCAGCAGUGGGCUUUCCUGCAAGCAUGUAUCCUGAUGUGUAUCCGGCAGUGAGGCUCUCUGUGGUUCUGGAAGCUCUGGUGCCACUGAAAACCCCCACAUCCUGUUUGAAAUCCAAGUACGGACGUGGGCCUCUUGGGGUAUCACCCUCGGACCUUAAACUCCUUAAGGUUUCAAGCCAGACAAGGCAAUUUUCUUCAAGCAAGACCACUAAAAUAAGAGAAGGCAAGCGAUGUAAGCGUGUGGGAAAGAAAGCACCGGAUUCUGCCACCCUCGCUUUAAAUCUUCUGAAAGGACUAAAGGGUGGAGUGCUGCAGGAGAGCAAUGCUUGCAAAGCCUCAGGAGUCCUGAACGGAAGAAUUGCAGGCAGCUCCUCCCAAGGCUGCACCACAGCACCGCAGUCCAAGGCCUUGAAAAUCAAAGCUAAGGAAGCUCCGGUGGGGAAAGCGGAGUGGAAAGAUAGCAGCACUUACCAGGAGACUGUUGGGAAGAAGAGGAAAAGAGUUGCAGAGGCGAGAGAUGCGCCGCAGAGAAAAAAAUCAAAAUCCAUUCCUGUCCAAAAUAAGACUCGACGAGCUCGGAGCACUUUGAACCUGCUGAAAUUUUGGGCCAUCAAGGUGGGCAACUCUUCUUCCGACGAUGAAGUGAGAAGAAGAGCACAGAAGAUUCUUAGAGUCAACCUGUCCCCUGUGAUCCGAAUUCAGCCCUUGUCCCACUCUCACAGCGUCCCCUGAGUUUCUUCACUUGGUCACUUUUUGUAAGUAAAUAUGAUCCUGGCACCGGAGCGUGGUGAAGUUUGAGAGCAACUUUGGAUUUCUGGUGUCUGGUGACUGUACAUCGACUAACCUGCAGACGGAGCAGCCUGCUCUUGUGCUGCUUCUGGCUGUCCACCACCACCACUGUGCAGAACUGGCUGCACGAGUACAGAACCAUGUUUAGGAAUACGGGAUGGUGCCUUUGGCCCACCGUGAGCCGAGCAGGUCAGAGCGCCCGCCUUCUCUGGUCUCUCUUCUAAAUGUGGCAGGCUGUGCUCUCACUGCAGGGUCAGAACACAUGACUUUCUCAUGACAUGGAUGCACUGUGAUAUUGCUCUUUUUCAAGCUGUACAUUUACUGGUUUUAUUUUGAUCAAAUUUUAUAACUUUAUAUAUCCAUAUAUGUGCAUAUAGCCCAGGAACUGUGGGAAGAUGCACUUCCUCCAUCCCUCUGGGAUUGGGUUCGAUAGCUUUUGUUCCCCCUUCCCGUCAGCCAGUCUUUUGUUGAAGGUGCUGGGAUUUCGUUGUGUUUCAGUGUUGUGGCAGUCUGAUCUGGGUGCUCUUGGAACAGCUCAGAAGCAGGCAGAAUUAUAACCACUUGAAAAUGCCAAGCAGUCUGGAGAAUUACCAGCUGGUAGUUGGUACUAUCAUGCCUUUUUUAUCCUCGAGAUCAUACUUUUGGUAUUACCUCUGCCUGAAAGUGGGGGAGUGCUACUGCGCUGUUGCUUGCAAUUUUGCUGGAUGUUUCUGGGUGCUUCCUCUAUUAAUUGUAACAGGAGCUCUGAACUCAUCUAGGGGGUUUGCCUCCAAAGAGCAAUCCUACUGGAGCCCAGUGUUGUUCCCCCCUCUCGUACGCCUGUUGCAAAGGUAGAAAAUGAGCCGUGACUGUUACAGCCUUAGGGCUGGAGUUGCUGAUCAGCGUUGCUUGAAGUGCCCUGCCCAUGAUGUAGCUGCUGUUGCUGGACACGUCAGGAGCAGUUUCUAGAUGUUGGUGGAGAAGAUGCCCGCUGAGUCUGAAUGUAUUAGAUAAAGCUCACCUGUCUCAGAGUUCAGUGGCAUCUGUGAGCCUGAAUCACUGAAGAGAUGGAUUAUUGAAAGGUAUAUACCAGCACUUACGUGUGGAGAGUUUGUGGGGAUGUCUGUCAGUUUGUGGGGAUGAAGCAAUAGGAGGGGAGAAUCACUGCAUAAUGAUGGAUAGCAGCUUUGCCAACCUCUGGGAUUUUGGGAGAAGGUAUGAGGCAGGCGUGACAGCUCAGCAGAGGCUCUGCUGGUCCCCAGGAGCACCACGUGCCACUGCAGCGGGCUGUGCUGCUGCCUGUGCCAGGGCAGGCUCGGGUCGAAGCUGAGUGAGCAGCACACAGCAGCUGUAGGGACGGCACACGGGCAUGUACACAUGGCUGUGAUGGGAUGUCAGUGGGGUAUGGCAGUCUGGCAGCCUGGGGAGAGCGAGUAGUGCCUGGCUGUUUGCCGUGCUGCGUUCAGGUCUCUGCAGCAGCGGGCUGGUAAUCCACUCAUUCUCUCACCGGCUCAAAAUACUGAUUGUCUGACCUAGUAAUCUCUGGGGACAUUGGGGGAAGGGAUGAGCUCUCCAGGGAAGCCACAGCUUCUUACGUGUCAGCUCUUCUCUAGCACCAGUCUGGAUUUCAGUGCUUAAUAAAAGGGGUUGGUGUCUGAUCGCCAGCUCAGAGAGCAAAACUGAGGUGGGGAGAGGAGAAAGGAGUUUCACUAGGGAGUGAGAGGGCAGAGGAGCUGGUGUUCUGGGGCACAGCUCGGGCUCAGCUCUCACCCUCGGGAGAUAAUGGCUGGCCCUGCAUCACACGCUCUGCUUCUGGGCAGUUUGACUGUGUGCAGCUGACCUGCUGUCAGACGUCAUAACUUGCAGUGUUCAGGACUGACCUGUGAAUGCCGCUGGUUGGCUGCAGAGCAGGAGGAAUGUUUUCUUCUGUGUUUUAAAAUGCCCUGGCAGAGAAUCCCCUUUCCUGACAUGUUCUGGAUGAACAAGAACCCUCCAUCACUGCUAACUGGCCAGAAAUUACUUUGUCCCUUUUGUUCCCACCCCUUCAGACCUUUCUCAUUCCCACGCUCUCAAAUGCCAGGUCUCAAAGUCCUGUGCUGGAGUUUCUCUUUCUGGCAGUGUCCCAGGGAGGGCUCUGUGGUAUCGCUGCUCUCGUGGCUCCUCCAUUCCCAGCCCCAUAUAAGGGCACCAAGAGCUGUCCUGGAGCUUCUUUGUGCAGCACGAGACCUCCCAGCAGUGUGCCUGGGUUCCACUGGGAAAAGCAGUUGCUCAUCCACAGGGCUGAAUUUAGGGUGACAUUGUUUUUCCUCCAGUGUGAGCAGGAAGCUGAGCACCUGAAGCCAGCUGUCUGUUGCAUCCCUCACUUUCCUUCUGUUUCUUUGCUACACUGCUCUCUGCUUCCCUGCUUUUCUGUCACCUCUUAUUUCAUGCUUUGAGUCUGUGCCAGCUGAGGACUUGCCUUGUGCUGCGUUGCACAUUGUGCAGAGCACAGUGCCUCAGCUCCACCUUUCCAGGCACUGUGCUGGAUAGAGAUGUUAUCUUGCCCAGCAUCCUUCCCCGGCCACCAGUGCAAGCUCUGCUCUGCUAGAAAUGCUUUGUGCUAGGGCUGCAUCACAGAAUCCUGCAGGAACGGGAGCACCCUGUAAUGCUGUGCUCAGGGACCUGCAGGUGGUCAGUCCUGCCUCUGUCAGCAUUUCUGUGGCACAGAGCAGCAGGCCUUGAGCUUGCAGGGCCGUGCUGGAGCUCUCAGGCUUGCUUUGCGUUUGCUGAAUUCACAUUGUUAACACCGGGUCUCUGCCAUCCUGACGUCUCCUUUUCCCCAUCACAGAUGAGUUUGGAACCUGGCUGGAAGAAUGGCAGCUCAUUUUUCAUGGAGGGGCUUUGUGGCCUCUGGUGCCAGUGUCAGCCAGUGCAGCCUCGCUGUGACGCCCUGGCAGAGGCGGCGUUGCCUGCAGGCUCUCCACAGCCCGUCUGUGCUUGGUUCUGCCAUCCUUUGUCUCACGCUGUUCUCACGGCUGCCUGGAGCUCCGGGAAGGUCAGGGGAUAUCAAACCCCUUGGCCCUACCAGAGAUCUCCUGAGGUCACUUCCACCCUGUUUGUUCAGUGACAGUGUUGGAUCGUAUGCCUUCCAGGGACUUGCAGCAGCGCUGGCCGCGCAGCGUGUGGAAAACACGUUGCCUGCAGUGUCCUGGUCUCUCCUGACAUGCUGUAUGCAGGUUGCUCAGACCUGCUUCUGUAUUAGUCUCUUUGAAUUCAUCCAAGUGCCUAACCUGGCCUGUGCUGUUCCUGGGCACCAUGACAGCCAAGGGCUGUGGAGACUCUCUAAGGAAUGCUUUUACUGUGUGGAUUUCUGCCACUGUCACUUCUAGUAACAAUUCAGGCAGCGGUCAAAGGGCUGUUCUUCAGACUGAGUUUGUGGAAAUCAUUUUUCUUUUAUUCGGCUGCCAAGAAGCAAGAGUUUAUGCUUCGCUUCCACCAGACGAGGUCUGUGAGCUUCCUGCAUGCUUCAGAUGUCUGUCAGUGAGGUCCUUGGGGAGAGCGGCUUGUACAGCAGGGAGCACACAUCAGACACCAGGCUGAAAUCACGGUGUUAAUUGGUAGAAAUGUUUUAAAGCUCAUGUGCGCUGUGAUCAGAUUUCACCUUCUGCUGCUGCUUUCAACUGGAGAAGUUUCUCCUUGGCCUUUUUCCUGCAAGCCAUGUAGCGUGGCACUGCUGCUUCCAAACUGUUUGCUUUCCCCCCAAGUGCCAGCUGCAGUAGUGUCCUUGUACAGAAUUUUGUAAGCACUUUUCUGUGAGAUAAGGGAUUAUUAUUAUUACAGAACUCCUGUUUUGUAGCCCACUGGUGGUGUUUUAGCAUGGAGAGCUGCGCUUGGGAGUCCUUAGAGCUGCACUGGGUUGGAUGGGGAUGUCCCUUUGCCUUGUCAGCUGUGCAGGCUGGGACCAUCUGAGGACAGAGCUCCUGGGCUGUGUGUGCGGCAGUGCUGAUGGCUGUCAGCCAUGGCUGAGCAUCUGUGGAUGUGACGGUCUUGCGCUGUGCUGCCUGCAGCGCAGUAGUGCUGAGGUUGGACCCCUCAACUUGCCUGGGAAGGCAGAGGAUCCCUUAGGCAGAAGCAGAAGCUGGGAUUUGGGGAAAACGAAGAUCCAGCAGUGCCUGGCCAGCCAGCUUCUGCUGCCAGAAGAGAUCUUCAGGGCAAGGGAGCCGCGCGUGCAGUGUCCCCAAAGCAGAGCUUCCACUUACCAGCCAGUAGCAUGAUGCUGGGCACAGGAGCUGCGGUUCUGCAGGACCUUGUGGGGGUGAAACCAGCACUCAUCCUUGUCCUCCAUGAGCUGCUGAGCUGUGGGGCCACAAAGAAGGCACAAGUUCCCCUGGUGCCUAUUGCCUGCUGCCCUCUGGAAGAACUGGGGGGGAGAGUGAGCAUCUGAAAUGACUUCCCCCCGUGGGGAUGAUUAGGCCUUGCCCCCAGGGAGUCCCUUAAAGGCCUUAUUAUCCUCUGGGACUCUCUCCUUGUCUUAAUUAGCCCUUCUGGUUCCUGUUGCUAACGGCAGUUUGGUGAUUCCCACAGACAGUGAGGCACGUGGUGCUGCUGUAAAAGUGGGUGCUGCAGAGCUACUGCCAAAACCUGUCAUUCCCAGGGCACAGCCUGCAAAGCAGGGCGUUGGGAGUGUGCCCCCAUCCCCAUCAAGGCCUGGGACGGGAUGAAGUCAGGGAAGACACUCUGUGUGGUGUGUAGUGACAUUCCCUCCUUGCGGUUCCCAGUGCAGCAUUGCUGGGAAACAUUGCUCCUGGAGCAGGGCACGGCAGGGAUGCGGGGGUCUGUCUCAGCACAGCCUGGCUGCAGCAGCUCCUUCUCCAGCCAUCACCUCUGAGAGAACCACCUCCACAGCUCAGCAUGACCACCCUGCCCUGGCCAGGACUGGUGCCACCAGCGCAGCCACCAACGGUCCCCAACAUUUGGGAACCCCAAGUGACACUGGGAGCAGCGAUGUGCCGUGCCCAGGCUGCUGGUGCCGCUGCCUCGUCCCCAUGGCUGGGCACACAACAAACUUUUGUAUGGUGAAUUCACAACAACCGACCAUCUUGUUCUCGAGUGAACCUUAUACUGUUUCAUUUGUUUGUGUAGAAUGUUUCUGAAGGUAUAUUUAAUGUUUAAUAUGAGGCUGGGCUGUUCCACACUCAGUGUUGUAUAUUUUGGAAUGGCAUUGUUUAGUGAAAAGACAGCGUUAGUAUUAUUCCACUCUUAGGAGGGAACAGGACAAAAAACAGACUGUCUUUUUUCUUAAAUGAAAUGAACUUUUGUUAUGAAGUCCUAGCAGUUGUCCAGCCCUUCAGUAAAUGGUGCUCAGAACCA